AUGCUGGUAGCAGCUAUGGCAACACAAGGUUCAGGUUCGGUGUGCUUUAUGCGAUUCAAGCAGACGACAGUCGCAAAAACAAAGUGUCAAGCCAACUGUCUCUGGCGCAGAGAAAUGUUGUGGCUGGAGUCUGCUCUCUUAGUCACGCCCAAGCCCGGGAUACGAGACCUCCGACGGCGAGAGAACGGACUAAGUGGCGGUUGUUGCGAUCUCUGUGCGGCCGGAAGCUGGGGCGUCAAGCCGGGACUGUCGGCCAAACUCGCGCACCGCCCAACUCCAGACUCAAUGGCAUGUGCUGUCAAAUUGCGUUGCCAUCAGAGCGAGGCAGAUGACGAGACAUGUUUUCCUAGACCGGCCUGUCAAGAGAGGCAGUGGAGCAUGGACCCCAGUCGUCAAGGCCCAGUGAUCUUCGACCGAAUGGUGGCGGCAUCGAUGGGCGCGGCGCAACAACCACGCAAUUUGGAGGAUCGGGGGUACCGAAACGGCAACCCGAACAGGCCGCUGCCUCAGAAGGUCUUCUGCUGCUGCUGGACUUGA